GAGGUUCUGUUGCCAGGGGCAACCCCGGAUGCAGGAGAAGCUGGACCGCGCAGCAUCGCAGGGGGCGCUUUUUUUUGUCCCAGGUCGCGGAUGCCCGGGAGGAGAAAAGCUUCUCCGUCUUAAUUUACCAUGGCUGGUAAAACUGGAUCAGAACAUCUCUUUAAUGCAGCCACUGAGGUCGAGACAACUGGAGCGUUGUUGAGCAACAAGAUCAACAUCCCAGCACUCUUGCCCCAAGGCCCAGCCAAGGAAUGGCUAGAUCAGCGUCGGGCUACCAUUCGCCCCUGGGCCAACUUUGUGGACCAGAGGCGUUUUGCGAAGCCUCAGAAUUUUGGGGUGCUGUGUAAACGGCUUGUCCGCAACGUGGAAUAUUUCCAGAGCAAUUACGUCUUUGUCUUCCUAGGACUUAUCGUCUAUUGCCUCAUCACCUCACCUUUACUUCUGAUUGCGCUUGCGGUGUUCUUCGGGGCCUGUUACAUCAUGUACUUGAAGACCCAACAGUCACAGCUUGUUCUUCUUGGGCGAGAACUCAGCACAGCCCAUCAAUACAGUCUGGCCGGAGCUGUCUCUUUUCCUUUCUUCUGGCUGGCGGGCGCUGGCUCAGCCGUCUUUUGGGUUCUGGGCGCCACCUUGGUGGUCAUUGGUUCCCACGCCGCCUUCCACGAACUGGAAUCCGCCGAGACCGAUGAGCUGCAGAUGGAGCCGGUGUAAAAAAGCUGCAGAACCUCCUCUCAAGCCCAUCUCCCCUCUCCCCUCCCGCAUUCAUUGGCUGUUACAUUGCCUGCGUAUCCCAAUCGCUGCUAUUUCAUUCCAGGUUGAGAUGCCGACUUAAACUGCAAUGCCUCCCGAACCUUGAAAACUCCCCCUGGCUCCCCUAUAUCGAGGAUGUCCUUCCGUUUCUGAUUUUUUUUUUUUUAGAUAUUUCUCCAUCUCUGAAGGUCUAAUUCCCAGUAGCCGUGGUUUUUUUUUAUUUUUUCAUUGCGUAUGUAGUAGAAUGCCGCUGCGAGAUUCUCCCCUCUGUAAGUUUUUAGAUCUCCUCCUUGCUUUCCCCGUAGCUUAGAAGCCCCCCCAUGCAGAAAACCUCCUCCCUCCUCCUGCCUCUGAUCGGCUGCAUUAAAGAAAACGGUGACAUUAA